CCCAUUUCCUCCAUCCUCCCCGCCCACCAUGAGUGCUCCCAUCGCUGAUGACCUCUACGCCAUGGCGGAGGCUCGCAAUGCCAGCAUCUCGCAUCCCAUCGACGAGAAGACGGGUUUUGGCGAUUCGAAAGAAUUGUCCACCUCGUCCAACGCCGGUCAGGACGAUGAGGUCGAGCCGACCAUGGAGGAGAUGAAGACCCUCCGCCGUGUCUCCGGCAAGAUUCCAUGGCAAUCGUACACCAUUACCUUUGUCGAGUUCUGCGAGCGUUUCUCCUACUACGGUACCACCGCGCUGUUUGUCAACUUUAUCCAGCAACCUCGACCGUUCGGAUCCCGCACCGGCCAGAUUCAGCCGAACCAGAACUGCUUCAGCGCACCCGGAUGGGAUGAGGCGUCUUGCAAGCAGCCGGGUGGUCUUGGGCAGGGACAGCAGGCUUCGACUGGGCUUACUACAUUCAACCAAUUCUGGGCUUACCUGAUGCCACUUCUGGGCGGUUACAUUGCCGACACUUAUCUGGGACGAUUCAUGACAAUCCAAUACUCCAUCGCCGCAGCGCUCGUCGGGCACACUGUUCUCAUCGUCUCUUCCAUCCCCACCGUCAUGGACAACCCGCAGGGUGCUCUCGGCUGCUUCGCCGUCGGUCUGGUCAUCAUGGGGCUCGGUACCGGAGGUUUCAAAUCCAACAUCGCGCCUCUUCUCGCCGAGCAGAUUAAAGACAACCGUCCCAAGGUUAUCACCUUGAAAUCCGGAGAGCGUGUGAUUCGUGAUCCUCAAGUCACCUACUCCCGCGUAUUCCUGUACUUCUACCUCAUGAUCAACGUCGGAUCCCUCGCUGGAGGCAUCGGAAUGGUCUACGCUGAGCGCGACGUUGGCUUCUGGCUCGCAUAUUCUCUGCCGACUUUCCUCUUCUUCGUCGCGCCGGUGGUCUUGAUCCUCUGCAAGAAGCACUACGUGAUGGCUCCACCUACAGGAAGUGUGCUCUCCAACUCGAUGAAAUUGCUCUCCCUCGCGAGCAAGGGCUGCUGGACUCUCAACCCAGUCGCCACCUACCGCAACUUCCAGCGCGAGGAUUUCUGGCAUCGUGUCAAGCCCAGCACCCUCGGCAACAACGCACCAGCAUGGAUGAGCUCGUUUGACGACAACUACGUCGACCAGGUCGCUCGUGGUUUCAACGCCUGCAAGGUCUUCACCUGGUUACCGCUGUACUGGCUCGCCUACAACCAAAUGGUCAACAACUUGACCUCGCAAUCCGCCACGAUGGCAUUGAACGGUGUUCCCAACGAUUUGAUCAACAACUUGAAUCCGUUGACUUUGAUCCUAUUCAUCCCUAUCAUGGACUUCCUCAUUUACCCGGCGAUCCGCAAGACUGGUUUCAACUUUACUCCCAUCAAGCGCAUCACCUGGGGUUUCUUCAUUGCAUCGGCCUCGAUGAUCAGCUCCUGCAUCAUUCAAUUGUAUAUUUACCGCACAUCGGCCUGUGAUGCCCGUGAUGUAUCGACAGGACUGGGUUGUGAGUCGCCAAUCAACGUCUGGGUCCAAGCCGUCCCCUACUGCCUUAUCGCCUUCAGCGAAAUCUUCGCCUCCAUCACCGGCCUCGAAUACGCCUUCAGCAAAGCCCCCGACAACAUGAAAGGUCUCGUCAUGGGCGUGAACCUGCUGCAAAACGCAUUCUCCGCCGCUCUCGGACAAGCCCUCGUACCCCUCGCGACGGACCCUUUGCUUGUGUGGAAUUACGCUGUCGUGGCCAUCUUGGCUUUUGUUGGUGGUGCUGGAUUCUGGCUGACGUGGCGCUCGCUGGAUGCGAGAGAGGAUGAGCUGAAUAUGAUUGAGCCGACGAAAUAUAAGGGUCGGUCGCCGAGACAGGUUGAUGAGGAGGAGAGUAGGCCUUGAGGGUGUGGGGAGAGGGAAGGGGG